UGAGUCCGGCUCCUAUUGGCUCACGACUGACUACUGCCCUGUUGUUCAGUACAAAUUGAAGGAGUCCACACCGACAAUAAAUUACAGAUAGAUAAUUAAUAAUUCUGUCCAAAAAAUACUCUCACCAGCUCCGCCAUCAAACGAUAUUCGUUUCCAUGACCUGUGAGUCUCUGGCGUAACGGAGGUUCGUGUUCUAGUUCACCAUGCUAGCAUCGCUAGCUAACUAGCAGCGGCUCGUCGCCUCCUCUUCAUCUUCAUGGCUCUCUGCUGUUGAGUCGGCUGGAGGCUAACUAAUUAAUGCCAUCGGCCAGAGUGGGUUGCCUUUAUUUAUGCCCUAUGUUCACAACACGUCGACUUUAGGAGUAUUUUAGUGGGUUAAUCGUGGUCCGAGUAAACGAACCGGACACUGCGCCGAGAUACCGAACUAAACAUGUUAGCAUUGGGCUUUUAGCCGAGCUAGCUAGCACGAGCGUUUGCCAACGGGCUAACGUGCAUUAACACCGUUCGUGCCGCAAGAACGCGCGUGUUAACGUGUGCCGUUGUGUCCACGCGCAGAACUCAGGUCCUAUUAUGAGUGGGGCCAGUUGCAAAGCUAACGGCGCCGUGUACCCCGCCUCGUCGGCGGUGAUGAACUCUGUGAAGAAGCCGAAGAUGGAGCAGAUCCAGGCCGACCAUGAGCUCUUCCUGCAGGCCUUUGAAAAACCAACUCAGAUAUACAGAUUCCUCCGCACAAGGAAUUUGAUUGCACCCAUAUAUUUGCACAGGACGCUCACCUUCAUGUCUCACAGAAAUGGCCGAUCAAAUGCCAGACGGAAAACAUUCAAAGUGGAUGACAUGUUGCAGACAGUGGAGAGGAUGAAAGGAGAGCAGGAUUCUCUAAGUUUGUCAUCACAUCUGCAGUUAACCUUCACUGGGUUCUUCCAUAAGGAUGAAAAGCCAUCUCAGAAUUCAGAAAAUGAACAAAGUUCGGUGUCCUUAGAGGUGCUACUUGUCAAAGUCUGCCAUAAAAAACGCAAGGAUGUCAGCUGCCCAAUAAAGCAAGUGCCUACAGGUAAAAAGCAGGUGCCUUUGAAUCCAGACAGUAACCAAACCAAGCUUGGAUCCUACCCUUCCCUCCUGGUCUCCAGCAACGAGUUUGAGCCCAGCAACAGCCACAUGGUGAAGUCCUACUCGCUCCUGUUCAGGGUGUCGCGCACAGGACGGAGGGCCGCCAACGGUCUGGUCAACGGAGAGGCCAACGAGAACAUUGAUGUAAUCGACACUCCGAGUAGAAAGAAGAGAAGUUCAUCCCACAGAGAGGAGGGAGAGACCACAGAGACCUUCGUCGCACAGAUGACUGUCUUUGAUAAGAAUAGGAGAUUGCAGCUGCUGGAUGGGGAGUACGAGGUGUCGAUGCAAGGGAUGGAGGACAGCCCUGUCAGCAAGAAGCGAGCUACAUGGGAAACCAUUCUGGAUGGAAAGAGACUGCCACCAUUUGAGACUUUUUCUCAGGGACCCACAUUGCAGUUCAUGCUGCGUUGGACAGGCGAUGCCAGCGGAAAGUCCACUGCCCCCGUGGCGAAACCCCUCGCCACGCGCAACUCCGACAGCUCCAGCCCCAUGGAGACCAGAACCAGCAACCACCGAGCUGCUCUCAUGGUGAAAGAGUCGGUGAGCACAGACAUUAAGACGAGGAAAGAGCAGGUCCUGUGUGAGCCGCGGCAGAAGCUACGUAUAUUUUAUCAGUUCUUGUACAACAAUAACACACGGCAGCAAACAGAGGCAAGAGAUGACCUUCACUGUCCCUGGUGUACCCUGAAUUGCAGCAAACUCUACAGCCUGCUCAAACACCUCAAACUCUCCCACUCCCGCUUCAUCUUCAACUAUGUGCCUCACCCCAAAGGAGCAAGGAUAGACGUGUCCAUCAAUGAGUGCUAUGACGGAUCAUACGUUGGCAACCCUCAGGACAUCCACAGCCAACCCGGCUUUGCUUUCAGCCGCAACGGCCCAGUUAAGAGGACCGCUGUCACUCACAUACUAGUUUGCAGGCCCAAGAGGACUAAACCGAGUCUGUCCGAGUUCCUGGAGUCCGAGGACGGAGAGUUGGAGCAGCAGAGGACGUACGUCAGUGGACACAACCGCCUCUACUUCCACAGCGACAGCUGCAUGCCGCUCCGGCCCCAGGAGAUGGAGGAGGACAGCGAGGACGAACGGGACCCGGAGUGGCUCAGAGAGAAGACGGCCACGCAACUGGAUGAGUUCACCGACGUCAAUGAGGGAGAAAAGGAAGUGAUGAAGCUGUGGAAUCUACAUGUCAUGAAUUUCAUUGCAGACAACCAGAUGAAUCAGGCCAUCAUGCUCUUUGCGGAGAACACCGGCGCUCACAUCGUCCGCCGCAACCUCUGCCGCAACUUCCUCCUGCAUCUAGUCAGCAUGCACGACUUCAACCUGGUGACCACCGCCACCAUUGACCGCGCCAUGGCCCGCCUACGGCAGAUCAAGGAGGAGCUCCCGGACGCCGAGGAGGAAGAGCAGCAGCAGGGCCAGGCUCUGGUUUCAGCAGGGGCCUGCAACGGCAAUUCCAUCACCUCCACUGGUGGGAAACAGGGCAAGAGGACAAAAAGCGCACUAACGGACUGAUGAUGGAUGGAUGAAACAACGAUUGUCGUGUUUUUUCUCUCUCUUUUUCCCCCUUCUUUUCCUUCUUCAAAUGAACAUUACCAACCCUUUGGUGCUUAGAUAGGUGCAAGAACCGGAGGAUCUGACCAGAAGCAGAAUAGUACACAAGGUAAACAAGUUUUCGGAACUUGAGAACUGAACCAAAUAUGAACAAUAUAGAAGUGAAACACCGACAUUCGCACAAAGCAGGAAUUUGAGGACUCGUUGUAAGUCGAACCUACAUAAUACGCAUUUUGUAGGAGCCACUGAAGUGUCUGUCUUUGGGCGAGAGCCUGAACAAACAAGAGUCCUGGUGUUGUUUUGGUAUGUUCACGUCGGAGACGACUGCCUCAAGACUACAGUUAACAAUGUACUGGUAACGUCACUCUUGAUUAUUUGUACACAAUAAUCUUGUUGAUCUUAUCCUUUUAGCUGAUUAUUUUUUAGCACUUGGAGUGUUUGUAUUUAGAAAGCUUACCUUUUUAAAAAAAAAAAAAAAAAAAAGUUUCUUUUUAUUUUGUAUUCAUGCUGCGCCAAAUGUUAAAUGCAGCGUUUCCACUGGCGUCAGUGGAGAAACUUUAGUGGGUUUGAUAUCACUGUUGUGUGACACUUGACUGGUCAUACAGUUACAGUACAAACCUACACUAUUGGCGUCAAUGUCUAGAGUAUAUAAAGCCUGCUAAGCUUUUGUUAGGACCCCUUAACCUGGAUUUUGGGUUUUGCUGGUAGGAUGCCAUGACAAUAGUGAUAUACUGUCAGCUUUGGAUCCCAAACAACAGAAUAAAUUCUGAUUUUGGGUCCAUGCUGUAAAAAAACGAACACAAAAAAACCCAACCCUACUCAUCACCCCCUCAGCCUUUUAGCCUGCAUUGAUGAAAGCCAGGAAAAUACUCCUUUUUCCGACUUUUUAUCCCAGAGACAACCAGCAGCACGUUGCAUCGUGCAGAGUGCACCGCAUUUUCCCUUCGCCUUUUUAAGUUUCUUGUCACUUUCAGGUUCGAUCAUGUUGCAAUCACGAAGUGUUUUUGAUUUCCCGACAUGGGUUUUAAGUAUUGACAGAAUUGUGUUCACGUGUAAUCGCAUCAAAUGUUGAGCCGUGCCCAGUUCUGGGUCCAAUAACUAACUAGCAACUAAUUGCAGUUCUUCUCUCAAAGCAAUACGCCGUUUCAUUCGAUGGUUGGCUUUCAGGUCCAAGUCUGUUUGUCUGUCUCCUGUUCAGUGCAGUUUAUGCCAAAGGCAAAUAUUUUCCCCCAGUCUCUUAGUUAUGUAUAUUAUUUAGCAUCUUUUCUUUUGUUCAUUCCAUAACAAGUUGUUGUUUUUUCUUUAUUUUAAUAAGGAGGAAAAAAACAGCAGUUUUGUAGUUUCAUCCGACUUUCUUGUGAACAACCAAAUUAACAAUAUUGUUUUCCUUCCUCUCCUACUCGUGGAAGGUUUCUGUAUUCAUCUGAGGGGGAAAAGGGAGACAUUUACCAUUAUUAUCAAAACACCCUGUUUAAAAAAUGUUCACUGUACACUCUGGCUAGGGGGACUUUUAUAUUUAAAGAAAUAAAAGGAAUUUGUCCUUAUGUUGGCUGUAAUGUUGUAGCCCUUUUGCACUCUUGCAUCAUUACACACUCUCCUUCAUGGUCUCGGACCAGCAGUGACACUUGUCUUGAGUAACUCUUGUUUAUACAUUUUAUAUGAACAAUUCAUGCCCCACAAAUAUAGAAUAAAUAUUUCACAUACGGUCACCCAAGGCAA